GCUCCCCACACUCCAAUACAACCAACAACUCCACUCAACCCUCUCCCCCCUCCGUCCGCCCGUCAUGUCCGAGUACCAGCGCAUAAAGGCGCGGGCUCAGGCGAUGCAGCGCGAGAAGGAGGAGCAGCUCAAGCGGGAGCUCGAAGCUAAGCAACGGCGCGAGAAGGAGGCUGAGAGGGCCGAGGCAGAGCGGCGCAAGUUGAUCGAGCAGGCCACUAAGGAGGCGCGGUUGAAGGCGCUCAAGGAGGCCAACCAGGCUCAGGUCAAACCCACGAGCGCUGCGAACAUCGAGUUUGAUCCAUUCGCCGACGAUGCUGUGCCAGGGCUAUCAGCGAGGCCACCUCUGCGGAAGCCAUCAACAGGUGGUGCGAAGAGCAAUGGGACAGCAAAGAAGCCUUCAUCUAGCGGCGCGGGGCCGAAGCAGUCCAACGGCGUGAAGAAGGAGGGUAUCGCACCGAAGAAGGGGGAAGCUUCAUUGCUGAGCCGGAAGGAGAAGGCGGCAAUGAAACUCGCCCGUCAGUCCAAGGCGGACUCGAUGUUCAGCGUUCAGUCACUUGUCGAUAUGGCUGAGGGGACAUCAAGUCGUUCGGUGUCGCCCCGCCGCGCACCGCCACCGCGACCCGCCCCGUCUGCCCUCAAGAAGUCGACGACACCCGUGAUGGCUGCAAAGGCGUCCGCCGGAAAGGGCAUUGCUGGCAUGAAGAAGUCGCUGGACGUUUCUGGGUUGCGCAAGCUCUGCCCUGACCGCGACUCACGCGACAGACGCACUGUCGACGAGAUACAGCGCGACAUACGGGCGCGCAAAGGCGUCACGUCUGGUGUCGCAUCAGCGACGAGCUCUAAACCGUCCAGCGCUGGCCCACCAAGGGAUAGCAAGGAUCUGGAACGGAACCGCGCCCGAGAUCGCAGGUCGCCGCCGCGUGCGGCAGGCAAGAUUCGUCGUCGCUCGCCGUCAUUGUCAGGCAGUGAUUCGGACUCAUCAACAGCACCGCGUAAGCGCCACGCGAUCGCCGGGCCGAACUUUGAUGGCGAUGCGCCAGCCUCGCGAGCGGCCGUCUCGGCUCUCAUCCAGGGCAUGUUCAGCCGCGGCCGGCCGCAGCGGCGGUACGAUGACGAGUCGGACGGGUCGGACAUGGAGGCGGGCCUGAGCGACAUUGACUCGGAGGAGAAGAGGGCGGCCAAGAUUGCGCGCCGCGAGGACAUGGAAGAAGAGCGCCUCGAGGCCGAGCGCCGCGCGGCCAAGGAGCGUGCCAAGCGCCAGCGCAAGUGA